AUGGAGAAAACCGACCAAGAAGAUGAGCCACAAGAAAUUUUUCAGGAGUGCAAUAACACGGAUACAAUUUUAAAAGAAGAAUGUAAAGAAUCCUUUGGUGACCUAAAUUUGCCACAGCAAAAAGAGGAACUUGUACAUUUUGCCAAUUACAAACAAAAUAAUAGUAAUAACAAUCAUCAUGUUGUGCCCAUUGGCGUAAUCAUUGUCUUUAUAACCAUUUACUUGGGCAUGACCAGUGUGCAAAAAUGUCUAGUGAGUUGUGUGGAAAAUAAUCAAAUUAACGAACAAGUACAACAACAGCAUAAGGAAGACAUUUUGAAUUAUCUACAAAAAUCGGAAAAUCUAGAAAAUUCUCAAAUUCUUGAAAGACUUUUGGAAUAUAAAGAUAUCUGCAAAGAUUUGGAAGUUUUUACUAAAGAUAUUGAGCCCAAGAGUGAGGAUAAUGAGGAAGACGAAGAAGAAGAUAAUACAGGUGAAAUUUUGAAGGGUAUUGAGGUCAGUGCUGCUAGUGGUGAGGAGGAGGGGGAGGAGGGUAGUAGUAUUGAGCUUGUCGAAAGCAGCAGUAGCGGUGCCAGUGGUAAUGGUGACUGUGCCAAAGCCUCCCGCACUAAACAUAAGAAAUCAAAAUAUUCUAUUAAGACUACAAAUUCGAAAAAUGGUUUCAACAAAUAUAACAAAUCGACCAAAGCCAAAUCUCAAAAAAAUCAAAAAAAGGAAUUGAAUAUCAGCAAAAAGAACUCCACCGCAGAACCAAUUAUUUAUCUAUUUGCUUUAGUAUUUAUCUAUUUACUUCUAAAGGCUGCCUCGGAUAUUAAUCAGCAUUAUAAAUCGCAAAAUAAAAACGACAAACGUUUAAGACGUUGCUCCUUACAAUCGUAUGCCCAAACCCAUCGACCGGAUCGUCGAGCAUCAAAAGGUAUUUCAGCUAAAAGUUUGCCGAAAUUCACAACAGAAUUGGCUUUAAAACAAAAACAACAGCUACAACAGCAACAACGUUUAAAAACACUAUCCCGCUCCUCAAGCCAAGAUCAACAAAAUUAUCCUUAUAGUCAACAUCAUCAACCACAACAACAUUUAAUGGAUAGCUCACCACCAAAAACUGAACAACAGCAACAUGUUAUUACAACCACUGGCUCAUCUAGUCGCACUAAUGUUUCCUAUUCCAGCAAUUGGCAAUUAUUAAGACAGCAUACCACCACACAAUCUCUUGAUAAUUCUGAUAUAUUAAACUUUGCUCAAACACCUUCUUCUUCAAUGAUGGCCAGACGUUGUUCAGUACCCGCAGCGUUAAGCUAUCAAAGGCAAAAAAUAUCAACAGUAUCACCAUUAAGUAUUGUUAAUGAUCAUGUUAAUGUCAAUGUUUCCCUAAGUAGACGCACCUCCAUUACAUCACCUAUACCUUUAGCUAUGGAUCCUAAUGAUAGCUUGGGAACGGAAACUAAACGUAGAGUACGUAUGAUAAAUAGGCAUUAG